UUAUAUGCAUGCUUGGUUCAAAAAUACAAUCUUCAACCUAGCCUGCAUGCAAAGAGUUUGCGGCAUGUGCCUUAUUUUCACAGCUGAUUCGGGAUGUUUUAUUCAAAUCGCUGUUACUAUGGCAGCUUGCCACACUAAUAUUACUCUCAAUGAUUAAGCUAUGCAUAGCCUAUGUAUGUUUGAAUAGUGGCCGAUGUGAAGUCAAUUUCCCUCCUUGUAAUGCCGAAAGUAAAGUGCUGAAGGUUGUACAAUUUGUUGAAGUAACAGUUAAGUGUUCAGUAUUGCGUUAUACAUUCAGGAAGCAUAUAAUGAAUUUCCCGUUUAUGACUAUCUAGCCUAUUGUGCAGUCGUUUGCUCAAGUGUCAAAUCCUGCAUGUGUGUCAAAACGGGGAACGUGCCAUGGAGCAACUGAAUGAAAAGCAGCUGAAGACUGUUGAGACCCAACUGAAAGAGCUAUUUCCUCAGUCGCAGCAGGUUUACGGUUAUAUUUUCCAGAUAAACAGAGUUAAGUCUGACCCGAUUCAGGUUUUUGUGGACCGCUGGCCAGAAUUCAAUGUCAUUCUCUGCAAACCACUACGUGAGAAGGUAACUACAUGCACCAGUCUUUGCUAUGAGGAGAUGGUGAUGGCGGUGGCUUCUGAGAGAAAGGUGCCAGGGAAUAAAGUAGCUGUGUGUCACAUGAUGACACUCCAGGAUCCAUCCCGCCUUCCACCUGUAGAAAGUGAAAUUGAAUCAACGAUAUCCUCACUAGACGAAUCCCACACUGAUCUAGUCAACAAAACCUGGAAGUUCGGGAACGCGGAGCACAGUGUCCGGAUGAUCCGGAACAUGAUCCGGCACUACCCGUCCUGCUGUGUGCUGGAUGCAGAGAGCCAGCAGCCCAUAGCCUGGGUUCUGAUCUACCCCUCCUGUGCCAUGGGUAUGUUGUACACCCUGCAGGAGCACAGAGGACAGGGUCUGGCCAAAGCCCUGGUCAGCAGCAUGUCCAGGAGGCUCUAUGCUCAGGGCUACCCAGUGUACUGCUUCAUUGAGGAGGAGAACACACUGUCCUACAGCCUCUUCACCAACCUGGGCUUUACUGAGGACCCUCAAUACAGGGCUGCAUGGUUCGACUUUAACAGUUUGUGACUAAGGUCUUGCAUAGUGAUCACUGUUGACAUUAAAAGCUAUGCUAUUAGCUCCAAA